AUGAAGAUGAUGACGCUUUUGUGUCCUAGUCUUUCCCCCAAUGUUACGAUCAGCCGCGAGCCGAGCCCAACGAUUACCGCGCGCACAACACAGGACCUUCCGCCGCCAGUGUCGUCCGUCAUCGCUGAUACGAAGCUCGCCGUCAACCGCUCUCCUCUAAAGAUUACUGACGAUUACCCUUGCCUUUA